CGAGCUCCAGUGCGCCUGAAAUGGGACGGGGAGGGUGGUGCGGAGAAAGGGGAGGUGCUCGCUCUGGUGAAGACGUUGCGCGGUAGUAUUAACGCCACCACAGAUUGUGGCGCUUCCCUCACAAAGUCCGAACAAAGCGUUGGGCCUUGGUAGACGGAGGGAGGGGCAUUGCCAGACUCACACGGAGGUCGUGGUGCGGUGUCCACACAGGGCGAUCGUUGUUGCCACGGCGUAAUCACGACGUGUUGAGUGAGCUAAGCUUGCAGGUUGGCUCGUAAUCUCGUUUACCAAUUUGGGUUGUGUCUCUAUUGAGCGGACGGUGUUGGGAGUGGGGUAGUUUGCCGAGAGUGAACGCAGAGUUUUUGUAGUGUCGAGGGGGGUGCGUGAGUAGGAGAAGCCUGUUUUGGAUUGUGGGAGUGGAGAGGAGAGUGUGUGUGGCUUUGUGAGGGUUUGAUUGCGGAGUUGGGUUUGAUGAGGAAGGAGUUGCAUUGAGGGUUGCGAGGGUCGCAACGGCGAGGCUUGAGGGUUUCGGCGCCAGUCGGUGGUGGUGGUCUUGGAACCAGUGGUUGGUGGCGCAACUGGGGUUCCGGACUAGCGACGCACUGGUGGAGUUUGGCUGGAGGUGGAGGAGGAAGUGUCUCUUUUUGUUCUUUUUGUUUAUUUUGGGAUAGAGUUAAGUUUUAUGAGCGAGGAGAGUAGAGAUGGGUAACUGUUGUGUCGGUUCGACGACGAAGAAGCCUAAACAGAGACCCAACCCGUUUGCCCAGGAUGGUUAUCAGACCAACUUACAAAUUUUGAAGAACCAGCCGAAGUCCAGAAUACUGGACAAGUAUAAUCUGGGCCGAGAGCUUGGGCGCGGAGAGUUUGGCAUUACGUAUUUGUGCACGGAUAAGGAGACAGGGGAAGUUUUCGCAUGCAAAUCUAUCUCGAAGAAGAAGUUGAGGACUGCUGUGGAUGUAGAGGAUGUGCGACGAGAAGUCGCAAUUAUGAAACACUUGCUGGAGCAUCCUAAUAUAGUCACUCUUAAGGGUGCUUACGAGGAUGACAAUGCUGUGCACCUGGUCAUGGAGCUGUGUGAAGGAGGGGAGCUUUUCGACCGCAUCAUUGCGCGGGGACAUUACACCGAGCGGGGUGCAGCGCAAGUGACACGGACCAUUGUGGAGGUGGUGCAGGCUUGUCAUAGGCAGGGAGUGAUGCACCGAGACCUGAAGCCGGAGAAUUUUCUGUUUGCGAACAAGAACGAGAACUCGCCGCUGAAGGCCAUCGACUUUGGGCUCUCCGUGUUCUUCAAGCCGGGAGAGAGGUUCUCUGAGAUUGUCGGAAGUCCGUACUACAUGGCACCCGAAGUGCUAAAGAGGAAUUAUGGACCGGAGGUCGACGUGUGGAGCGCUGGGGUGAUUCUUUACAUAUUGCUGUGCGGGGUGCCCCCAUUCUGGGCAGAAACGGAGCAAGGUGUGGCGCAGGCGAUUCUGCGGGGGAUAUUGGACUUUAAGAGGGAUCCAUGGCCGAAAGUGUCUGAUUCGGCAAAGUCUCUGGUACGGCACAUGCUGGAGCCGGACCCGAAAGCCCGGUACAGUGCGCAGCAGGUGCUGGAUCACCCCUGGUUGCAGAACGCGAAGAAAAAUCCCAACGUGCCCCUGGACGCCGUGCGGUCGCGCUUAAAGCAAUUUUCGGCCAUGAACAAGCUGAAGAAGAGGGCGCUGCAGGUGAUUGCUGAGCACCUGGGCGGGGAGGAGAUAGACGGGUUGAAGGAAAUUUUUGAGAAGCUGGAUAGCGACAAGACGGGAACCAUCACAUUCGAGAAACUGAAAAUGGGGCUGAUCGAAAUCGGGUCACAGCUGACGGAGCACGAAGUGAGGAUGCUUAUGGAAGCCGCGGACGUGGAUGGGAACGGCACGCUGGACUACGGGGAAUUCGUGGCAGCCACAGUGCAUCUGCAACGUUUGGACGAUGACGAGCACUUGCGAAGGGCGUUUGACUUCUUUGACGUCGAUAGAAGCGGAUACAUCGAGACGGAGGAGCUGAGGGAAGCUGUAGGAGAGCCGUUGAAUGGAUCUCCAAGUGAGACGGAUGUGGUACAGGCCAUUCUGUUGGAAGUUGACAUCGACAAGGACGGGCGAAUCAGUUACGAGGAAUUUGCGACGAUGAUGCGAAGGGGUACCGAUUGGAGGAAAGCCUCACGUCAGUAUUCACGGGAUCGCUUUAACAGCCUGAGCAUGAGGCUGCUUAGAGACGGCUCAUUGAAUCCUGAUAAAAUCGUGGCAGUGAGGUAGUUGGGAUGAAAUACAUCACAAAUUCCCCCCUUCCGCAACACCAGCAAUGACCGUCUAAGAUUUGGGAAGAUGAGCCACUCGAGAAAUCCUGAAGCGAUUCAAUUUCAGAUUUUGUGCAGGUUUCUUUGGACUUUUCUUUAGGUGUUUAUUGAAGGAUCAUUGUCAUUAGUUAAUUGUAAUUGGUGACGUGAUUCCGAAGGCGGACAUGGCUAUCACAAUGCCUACUACCGAAGUUCCUUCGUGGUUCGGGCAUUAACGAAAAUGCAAUUAGCGUUACUCCAGGGAGAUUUUCAGUCAUUCGGCAGUGUGGAGCAGGCUCAACCUGCCUGACUGACACUAUAACUUGGUGCGGGAGGAUCACAUGAGGAAUUUAAAUAAAGUAGGUUAUCUUGUCGCUGCCAAUAUAGAAUUCUCAGCACCAUGUGAUAACUUGGAGGAGAGUUUUGGGUGGUAGCUCUGGAUCACACACGGGAGCUUCGUAUGCAUCCAAUAUCGGGAAAGCAGGUUAUAAAGUCAACCUUUGAUAGCAAUCGAGUUUGUAGUAAACGCUUGGCUACUCGACAGUUUCGGGAAUCAAGAUGCGGCCCUGAAGAAAUGAUGGGCAAGGAUUGGAGGACAAGAUGUUAAUGAGGAUUUAUUGUGAGCUUUUCCGAUAAGUUGACUGGGAGUUGAAGCUUCGAUGCUGUAAUACAUUACUCACAGCAUCUCUCGAUGGCUUCCUGACUUCAUGACCUAUGAGUACAUGAGAUCGAUGCUACGAUCUAUAUGCUGCCACCGAAAUGGAUGUAGCGCCUUGGAUUAGCUUUCACGAUGUUGGAAAGGGGUAGUAAUGCCAAGAAAAAGUACAUACUGAAUGGCUUUCCUGGCGUACUUCUAGGCGAAGGAGGAUUAUUGGUUCACAAGCUGUUAGGGGCCUUGCCUGAGGGCCAUUUACGUUGUCAAUAUUCUUCUGAUUGAGUAGCCCCUGUUUCAAGUUACUACACUGGUCCCCGUUGUCCUGUAUAAUUAUUCCUUAAAUGAUUUGUUCAGCAUUAAUAUGAGACGAAUGUUAAAUUAUGUGAUAUUACUAAGCACUCUUAGUGCAAUGUUCCCCCUAUAACAUGUGAAGAAUAUAUUGGUUGAAGACGCGAUACUACUUUGCCCAAAAUCGAGGAAGAAUUCACCAUUCAUCUUUGCAACAGACCAUAUAUCGCAGACUGGUGUCUCACUUCUACCACUAUAGAAUGCGGUACAAGCUGUUGCAAUAAUCAUGAAGUUGCAGCUACAUUGAGAACAGUCCCCUCGACUAAUGGGUAUGCGUGUGAAGGGUUUAAAUGUUUGAAGCUUCACACUGAGCUUUCGAGAUCUGUUUACAUUAAGGUCACCGCACUCAGAUGCCAAAGUCUAUGCAAGGACAUGGGGAUGCCAGGUCUGCAGUUUCGGAUACGGCAGGAACCCAUUUUUCAGCUUCUGAUAAUGUAACCGUUCCGGGAUUGGAUUAUUUAUCAGGGAAUCACCGACUGGUUAGUUUUUUUGAAGCUAUGCUGGGAAAUUAUAUUGGACAAUGGGGGGAGUUUCUGCAUUAUACAAAUACAGGCGGAAAUCCAAGUAACCCUAGGAUUAGGGCAGGAACUCAGGGAGACCAUAGCAUAUUGGCUAACGUACUGUUGUCUCAGGCCUCAGCUACCUCAAUUUCAUGAAAGCCUCAAAUAGCAGAUAGUUGUUGCAUCCCCACUUCUCCCUUGGAGUCUUUUUCACCGGUUUGUUCGCUUGGGUAAAUACAAUUAUCCUCUUGUCACAGUUAGUAAUUCUGAAGCAAUGAUAAUGUAGCUUUUCAUCAUUCA